GAAAGGCCAGAAAGUCCUGUGGUGAGGUCCGAAUCCCAGGCAUGUAUGUGCUUUCUGGGAAGUCUGUCUUUGUUUUAAGAAUGCUGCAGUGCCAGUUCCGGGGUGAUCAGAGGUAGAAGCAUAUGACCCAACCAAAGAAAAAUUGUGUCCCUCAGGAACCUGCAAGCUCUGUUUCCCCUCUCUGAAGGUCCAGGAGUGGGGAUAAGAAGACUGAUCUCUCAAGGGUGCCAUUGCUCUUUAUGCCUGAGUCCCAUCAAGGUCCUGAGAUUUGGUUUUUUUGCUCAUAGAGGCCCCCAGAAGGCCAGCAGACCUCUUGUGAUGCAACUCAGUUGGAGCGGCUUAUCCUACAAGGUCAUGCCCUGUGCAGGCAGGGUGGGAGGAGAGGCAUCUGUGAUGGGCAUUGUCACCACUUAGUCCACCGAGUGUCAAGUAUGAAUCAGUAGCCACACAAGAUCUCAACUGGGCUACAUCUGGAGAACUGGAGUGAGGGUACAGCAUUGCAAAGUAUGAACCCCAGCUCUUUUUAGACUGGAAUAUAUGACACCCGCAUUGAAGCCCAGCAGAAAUAUUUGUCUGCCCUCACCCAACUGCCCCUGCUGGUAUUUGCUACCUGCCUACCCACUAAACUCCAUGUCUCAUGUCACCUCUCGAGCACCCAGGACAGACCAGAGCAGGUGUCCUUCAAGUCUUCCUGCAGACAACAGUAUGUCUUCAAGUUGCACUCGAGUGAUAGUGAAGACACCAGCCAAACAGGAAGACUUUACAGUAGCUGAUGACAUCUUGGUGAGGCAGUUCAAGGAGAAACUUGCGGCUCACUUUGAAUGUCAAAUAGAUCAACUAGUGCUGGUCUUCAUGGGCCGUCUUCUCAAAGACGAGGACACACUGAGUCAGAGGGGCAUUACAGAUGGCCACACCAUCUAUCUGGUCAUCAAGUCCAAGAAUGGCUCCAGAUCCCUGGCCCAUUCCUCCCAGAAUCUGCCAACCAAUGACCACUGCCACCAGGACAGGAACAUCAAAGAAAAUAACAGUGGGGUGUGCCAGACUGCUGGCAUGAGUCAAGUGCCAGUGAAAUCAGCUCUCUUCAUUGAGUCUCAUGUACCCAACGUGCAAAACCAGAAUCUGGAAGUGGACAAUCCACAGCAUGCAGCACAGAUGCUGGAGAACCUUUGCUUCCAGCAGCUUCUGUCCAAUGUGGAGUUCAUGCAGCAGUUUGUUUCAGGACAUCUAGACAAACAACAAUUAAUACAGCAGAACCCAGAAGUUGCCCACCUCCUUGACAAUUGUGAGAGCCUGUGGCAGACUCUGGAGCUAAUCAGGAGCCUUGCCAUAAUUCAGGAGAUAGUGCAGACUCAGCAACCUGCACAGAACUUGGAGCAUUCACUGAAUCCACAGCCUUACUUGGGCUUAGAGACAAUUCCAAGUGGAAACAGUGUCCUGUGUCAGAGCUAUGCUGAUUUCAGUGACCAAAUGUUCAAUAGUAUGCAAGAUCCUUUUGGGGACAACCCUUCUACUGGUCUUCUGGCAGGACAACUAACAGGACAAGUCCAAUCCUCAACUCCACCAUCAUCCCAGGAAUGGCAAGACCAAUACCCAUGUCUCCCUACAACCCGAGUCAUCUGCACUGAUUCCUGUGGUUUAUCCUCAGUCACCUCAACCAAUGCCAACCCCAAUACACUGAACCAUACUUCCAGAACCAACAUGAUCUCCACUAAGGAUCAAAGCCAUGUCUGUGCCAUUCAGCAGCCAGCUGGGAUUCCGAUCUUACCUAGCAUAGAGGUCAUGCAGCAGCUCCAGGAAGAAAACAAGGAUGGCUGCGUCUCUGUGUGUAGUUCAGACCAGCAGUUUGAAGAAGAUUUCCAGUUGUUGGAUGAGCAAGCCACCUCCCAGAUCACAGGAGGGAUAGCGCAGUUGUUUAUAAACUAUCCUCACCUGGCAGCUCAGAUAAUGUUCAUGAGUAUGACCCCGCUGAGUGAACAGUGUAGGCAGCAGCAGCCCAUAUUCCUGCAGCAGUCAAAACUUUCUGAUCUGCUUUUAGCCCUAGCCAAUCCUAAAGCAUCACGAGCAAUAUUGCAGAUUGAGGAAGGAUUCCAACUGUUGGCCACAGAGGCUCCUAUUCUUCUGUCCUGUUUUGUACCUUAUUUAUCAGACUCGUGUUGGCUUCCUGGUGUCCAAUGUAGCUUCCCUGAUACAGUGACCAGGACCUGGAAUGCCCCAGACAUGGCUGAGCCCAAGAGGCCUGAGUGCUGCCACAAAUCUGGGGCAGUUCUGCAUAGGCUACAGUCUCUAGAUGGAAACUCUUCCCAAACUCCACACGCUCCUGAGAUUCGUUUCAGGAAGCAGAUGAAAUUUCUCCAAGAUAUAGGGUUUGGGAAUUACUAUGCUAAUCUCCAGGCACUCAUUGCUACUGAAGGGGACACUAAUGCUGCUAUUCGCAAGCUGAAGAAAUCCUAGGGAUUCUAACUUCCACAUCUACUUGUCUGCUUUCUACCUGCCUGCUGACAACAUUGACCAGCUCAGCUGCCUUUUACUCCUUUCCUGAUACUUCCAGCUAGGAGAAAUCCUGAAAUAUAGCAACCAACCAAUGCUCUCUCCACUAUGUGCUAGGCAACUGGUCAUGGCUGGAACAUCUGUCAGUAAAAUGGCUACACCUACUCA